AUGCUUAAUAGAAAACCCUUCAUGUUAUCGAAGAUAAAGUUAAGAGGGGGAUGUUAUUGUAGACUUUUUUCAUCGCAAACAGGUGUGGGCGACAUUGAAGUGCCCUUUUCCAAUGGAACAUUAUUGAGACUGUCAACUGGACGAUAUGCCAGAUUUGCCGAUGGAGCAUGUGUUGCUACGUUAGGCAAUACCAGUGUACUUUCCACUGUAGUUUCUAAAGCCAAACAAAGCAGUGGUUCCUUCUUGCCUCUUGUAGUUGACUACAGACAAAAAGCAGCUGCUGCUGGGCGUAUACCAACUAAUUUCCUUCGAAGAGAGCUAGGACCAUCUGAACGCGAAAUCCUGACAUCUCGCCUUGUGGACCGUUCCGUCCGUCCUUUGUUCCCCCAGGACUAUAGCUAUGACACACAGUUGGCUUGUAAUACACUAGCUGUUGAUGGGAUCAACACACCAGAGACUGUGGCUAUCAAUGCCGCAAGUGCUGCACUUGCCCUGUCCGAUGUACCAUGGAAUGGACCCAUUGGUGCCGUAAGAUUAGGCCAGAUAGAUAAUGAGAUAAUAGUUAACCCAACAGGCCGUGAUCUAGAUAACUCCAGCUUAAACUUAGUUGUUGCUGCUACCACCAAUAAUCUAGUUGUCAUGUUAGAAGGUUUUGCUAAUGACAUUCUCCAGCAAGAUUUACUCAAAGCCAUCAAAUUAGGCACGAAAGAAGCACAGCAUGUAGUAAGGGCUAUAGAAAAAUUGCAGAAAACACAUGGAAAAAAGAAACGUGAAUACGAAAAGUCACCAGAGCUUGAUCCGAACAUAGUUGAUUCUAUCAAAACACUCUCUACUAUGAAACUCAGAGAGAUUUUAAGCGACUCGAGCCACGACAAGGUGUCAAGGGACAUGGCGAUAUCGGAGUUGAGGCAGACGGUCCUCAACCAGCUGCGGGAUACGCAGGUGGACGUCGGCAUCCUGCAGGAUGGCUUCAACGCCCACCUGAGGCAGACCUUCAGGGACGUGAUCUUCGAGACCGACACGAGAUGCGACGGCCGGGGAUUGGACGAUCUAAGGAAGAUCAACUGCGAGGUGUCGCUGUACGAGCCGCUGCACGGCAGCGCGGUGUUCCAGCGCGGGCAGACGCAGGUGCUGUGCACGGUGGCCUUCGACUCGCCGGACAGCGCGCUGCGGCUGGACCCGCUCAGCGCGCUCACCGGCGGGGAGCGCGAGAAGAGCUUCUUCCUGCACUACGAGUUCCCGUCGUACGCGACGGGCGAGGUGGGCGGGCGCUCGGGGCCGGCGCGGCGCGAGGCGGGCCACGGCGCGCUGGCCGAGCGCGGCCUGGCGCCGCUCGUGCCGCGCCAGCCCUACACGGUGCGCCUCACCGCCGAGGUGCUCGAGUCCAACGGCUCCAGCUCGAUGGCGUCGGUGUGCGGCGGCUCGCUGGCGCUGCUGGACGCGGGCGUGCCGCUGCGCGCAAUGGCGGCGGGCGUCGCCGUCGGCCUCGUCUCGCGCUACCACGACGGACACAUGCACGACUACCGCAUCCUCACCGAUCUGCUCGGCAUCGAGGACUACAUGGGCGACAUGGACUUCAAGGUGGCCGGCACCAAGAAGGGCGUGACGGCGCUGCAGGCCGACGUGAAGGUGCCCGGGCUGCCGCUCAAGGUGCUCAUGGAGUCCGUGCAGAAGGCCUGCGACGCCAAGAGCCGCAUCCUCGACAUCAUGAACAAGUGCAUCGACAAGCCCAGGCAAGACAAGAAGGAGAACAUGCCGGUGACUGAGGAGCUGCAGGUGGAAAUGCACCAGAGGUCCAAGCUCCUGGGCCCAGGGGGGAUCAAUCUUAAAAGGUUGUACAUCGAAACCGGCGUACAGGUGAGCGCAGUGGACGAGGCGCGCUUCUCGGUGUUCGCGCCGUCGCGGGCCGCUCUAGAAGAGGCCCGUUCGCGCAUCGCGGCGUGGCUGAGCGCGGGGCGCGCGCCCGACCUGGAGUUCGGCGCCGUGUACCGGGCGCGCGUGCUGGAGCUGCGCGACUGCGGCGUCAUGGUGGCGCUGCACCCCGACAUGGCGCCGGCGCUGCUGCACAACUCGCAGCUCGACCACCGCAAGAUCCAGCACCCGUCGGCGCUGGGGCUGGAGGUGGGCUCCGAGCUGCAGGUGAAGUACUUCGGGCGCGACCCCGUCUCGGGCCAGAUGCGGCUCUCGCGCAAGGCGCUCAUAUCGCCGCCGCCCGCGUUGCCGCGCAACCUGCACAGAUCC